UUCUAUCAUCUUGUAGAUACAAAUAAAACUCAGAUCAUUUAGAUCUUUACGUAACUCAAAUCGUCUACGUUUGCACAUAGAUUGUGUAGUUGAAGGACAAUAAUUUAUGAUACUCUACGGAUGUUCAUUACAUUUCAUAAUCAUCAAAUAUAUAUUAUCUUAUACGAUCUUUUAUAUACCCUUUUUAUAAUCUAAUACAUUCUAUCGAGACUGUAGAUAAUUUAGUGGUAUUGCACAACGUUUUAUAAACUUUUGUUUAGUCAUUCCUUUUAAUGAAGUUUUAAUAUAAGAUACUCAAAUCAUUCAACAGCUUCGGUGAUAUAAAGAGUGUUAAUACAGUUUUCUAUAUAUAUAUAAGAAAAUUACAUUUUAUAAACAAAUUAAAAAAUGGAUAGCAGUAAAAAAUACGAUAAUCCAAAUCCGCGUUCGACAGCGAAUAUAUUUAGUAAACUUACUUUUUGGUGGUUAAAACCAUUAUUUUUAUAUGGAAAAGAUCAUGAUUUAAAAAUUAAAGAUCUUUACAAUGUAUCCUCUAGCGACAUCAGUGAAUUAUUAGGAAAUAAAUUAGAACGAAAUUGGAUAAAAGAAUUAAAAGCAGCAGAAGCAGCUGGUAGAAAACCUAAGUUAUAUACAGCUUUGCAAAAGACAUUUUUAUCAUCAUUUGCUUAUUACGGAGGAUGGAUUUUAUUUUUAUGCUUAGUUUUAAGAGUCUUACAACCAUAUACAUUGGGAUUACUUAUAUGGCAUUUUGAUCCUAGAGCAACAUCAACUGUAACAGAAGCAUAUAUGUAUGCUACUGCUGUUGUAAUUAUGAUAACAUUAACAACAAUAAUUAGUCAUCAUAUUAAUCUAGGUCAAAUGGAAAUCGGCAUGAGAAUGAGAAUAGCAUGUUCAUCUCUUGUUUAUAAAAAGAUUUUACGAUUAUCACAAGGUACUACUGAAAAUACCACCUCCGGACAAAUUAUAAAUUUACUAUCAAAUGAUGUAUCAAGAUUUGAUCAAUUAUUUACACUUUUACAUUACAUUUGGAUUAUGCCAAUACAAGGUGCCUUAAUCUCUUUUUUAAUUUGGGAAAGUGUUGGUAUAGCUUCUUUAGCGGGUGUCUUUCUUAUAACAAUUCAAACAAUUCCUGUACAAGGAUAUAUGAGCAAGUGGACAGCAAAUUUAAGGUUGAAAAUAGCGAAAAGAACUGAUGAAAGAGUUCGUUUAAUGUCGGAAAUUAUUAGAGGAAUUCAAGUUAUUAAAAUGUAUACAUGGGAAAAGCCAUUUGUAAAACUCGUUAGUCUUUCAAGAAGUCAUGAAAUUGAUAUACUUACAUUAACAUCGUACUUAAGAGGAUUUACCUUAGCUAGUUUUAUUUUUACUGAGCGAACAACAUUGUAUUUUACAAUCAUGGCAUAUGUACUUCAUGGAAAUAAUAUAUCUGCUGAUAAAGUAUUUUCAAUGGCUCAAUACUUUAAUAUUCUUCAAGCUACCAUGGCUAUAUUUUAUCCUAUGGCAGUAGCUUACGCUGCUGAAGCUUUUAUAUCAAUAAAAAGAUUAGAGAAUUUUCUCUUAUUGGAAGAAAAUGUGCCUAUAAUUCAUGCACUGCCAAGAGAUGAGAAAAGUAGUAUUAUUUUGAAAGAUGUCACUGCUACAUGGACAGAAACUACUAUUGUAUGCACUCUUCAUGACAUUAAUAACUACAUAGAAUUUGGCAAACUUUAUGCUUUAGUUGGUCCAGUUGGAUCAGGCAAGAGUUCAUUUCUUCAAUUAAUUUUGGGAGAAUUGAAAAUAUCUCAUGGACAAGUAAAUAUUAAAGGUAAUAUUUCAUAUGCUAGUCAAGAAUCUUGGUUAUUCGCUGGUACAGUGAGAAAUAAUAUUUUAUUUGGACAAUCAUAUGAUCAAAAGAAAUAUCAAAAAGUUGUUAAAGUAUGUGCUUUGCUUAAAGACUUUGAACAAUUUCCACAUGGUGAUAAAACAUUGGUUGGAGAUAGAGGUACUGCACUUAGUGGAGGACAACGUGCAAGAAUAAAUUUAGCUAGAGCAGUAUAUAGAGAUGCCGAUAUAUAUCUUUUGGAUGAUCCUUUAUCUGCUGUAGAUGUGCAUGUUAGUAAACAUUUAUUUGAUGAAUGUAUAAAUGGAUAUUUGAAAAAUAAAACGAGAAUUCUUGUAACACAUCAAAUACAGUACUUAAAAGAUUGUGAUUACAUAAUUAUACUUAAUAAUGGUAAAGUGGAAAAUGAAGGAACAUUUGCAGAUAUUCAAAAUAAAAAAAUUAAUUUUUUGAAAUUAUUAGUAAAUGAUGAAUCGAAGGAAAAAGUAUUAGUUAAGGAAAAAAGUAUAGAUUCUACCUCAGAUAUGUUAUCUUAUUGUAAUACUACAGAAAAUGAAGAUAAUGCUGAACCUCAAGAGACAGAAGAAUUAAUGGCUAAAGGAACCUUAACAAAAGCUAUUUACUGGAAAUAUUUUAGAGCUGGAGGAUCUAUUUUUGCAAUUAUCGCCUUUGUUUGUUCUAUGAUAUUGGGGCAAAUUGGAAGUAGUGGUAGUGAUUAUUGGGUUGCUUAUUGGACAAAUCAAGAAGAAAUGAAAUUAAAGAGAGAACGUGAUUUUAUACAUUCGCAACGUAAUUUUAACACAUCUGCAUUAAUAGAUGAAAAUGGAAAUUCUGCAAACUUCACAAUCAAAAAUAAUACAAUUGAUAAUAUUAAACAUAUAGUCUUCAAUGAUUCUUCAAUAAUUCAGAAUAUAAUAGUUGAGAAUAUGACAAAUGUAAAUGUAGUGUCUACCGAAUCAUACGGCCUUGAUACAUAUACUGCUCUAUGGAUUUAUGGAGGUUUUAUCGCCGUAAGCAUAGUUAUGACUAUAACUAGAAAUCUUAUAUUUUUUAAAACAUGCAUGACAUCAAGCAAAAAUUUACAUAAUUUGAUGUUCUCAUGUUUACUUAAAGCGCCUAUGCAAUUUUUUAAUACAAAUCCGUUUGGUCGUAUCCUCAAUCGUUUUUCGAAAGAUAUUGGUGCUGUUGAUGAAAUCUUGCCAAGAACUAUGAUAGAAUCAAUUCAGAUUUUUGCAGUAAUGUCAGGAAUUCUAAUCCAAGUUAUAAUAAUUAAUUGGUGGACUAUUGUUCCUGUAUUAAUCAUGGGUUUUCUAUAUUGGGAAAUAAGAAAAAUGUAUAUAACUACUGCACAAAAUUUGAAACGUUUGGAAGGGACUACUAAAAGUCCAGUUUUCUCUCAUGUCAAUUCAUCUUUAAUAGGAUUAAGCACAAUUCGUUCAUCUAAUGCACAACUUAUGCUUUCCAAAGAAUUUGAUUCUCAUCAAGACUUACAUACUGGCGCAUACUCUUUGUCAAUUUUAACCGCCACUGCUUUUGGUUUUGCACUUGAUACAGUUUCUGUUUUGUUUGUGACUUUUGUUACAUAUAGUUUUAUUAUUUUUAAUAAUGAGAAUACUUUUGCUGGAAAUGUGGGUUUAGCUAUUUCACAGGUUCUCAUUUUAUGUGGAAUGUUACAACAUGGUAUGCGUCAAACUGCAGAAGCAAUAGCACAAAUGACUAGUGUAGAGAGAGUAUUACAAUUUACAAAGCUUGAUGAAGAAGGUCCAUUUACAAGUGAUCCAAGUAAUAAACCAUCACUUGAAUGGCCCACUAAAGGCGAGAUUAAAUUUGAUCAUGUGUAUUUGCAAUAUUCUGAUUCUGAUCCACCAGUUUUAAAAGACUUAAAUUUUAUUAUACAACCUGCAAUGAAGAUUGGAAUAGUUGGACGUACUGGUGCUGGUAAAUCUUCAUUAAUUUCAGCCUUAUUCCGUUUGUGUGAAUUCAAUGGUAUAAUUUACAUAGACGAAAUUAAUAUUAAGAAGAUUGGUCUACAUGAUCUUCGAAAUAAAAUUUCAAUAAUCCCUCAAGAUCCAGUCCUUUUCUCUGCAUCAUUGCGAGAUAACCUUGAUCCCUUUCAUAAACAUGAUGAUGCUACUUUAUGGGCUACAAUGGAGGAAGUAGAAUUAAAAAGUGCAUUUACUUCUUUAGAUCAUCAAAUAAGUGAAAGUGGUAGCAAUCUUAGUGCAGGACAAAGGCAAUUGCUUUGUCUUGCACGUGCUAUAAUAGAAAAUAAUAAAAUUUUAAUUCUUGAUGAAGCCACAGCGAACGUCGAUCCUGCAACAGAUACAUUAAUACAAACUACAAUUAGAAACAAGUUUCAAAAUUGUACAGUAUUGACAAUAGCACAUAGAUUAAAUACUAUAAUAGAUAGUGAUAGAGUGUUGUUACUAGAUCGUGGUAAAAUACUUGAAUUCGAUCAUCCAUAUAUUUUGUUAAAGAAUAAGCAAAGUCAUUUUUACGAAAUGGCAAAAGAAACUGGAGAUAAUAUGAUGAAACAAUUUGAAAUUAUAAGCGAAGAGGCAUAUAAUAAUUGCAAAUUCAACAUGUCUACAGAAAGUGCAAUACAAAAAGAAGAAGAUUUGAAAAGUUUAAAUGGUAAUCCUUUGUUAAAAUGAUAUAUAUUUAUAUUUAU